AACAACUAUAUCGCAAGUCAGCCCAGCUGGUAGAGGAAAUGGUCGUUAUUACCCUGGAGAUAUCGAUAAUGAUGAGAUGCCUACCCCAAGAGAGAUCGAGGAAUUCACUGAGGGUGAUAAGGGCUUUGGAAUCAUAAAAGCAACCGAGUUUAGCUUGUUAAAGUCUUUCCAUGGACAUACAUUUUUCGGCUUGGACGAACUGCAUCUUAUUGGAGCAAAUUGCACAAGAAAAAUAUGGUCAAUGAUUUCGCGUGAAUAUGCAAACGUUGAUUGUACUAUUGAACUAUCCAAGCAAGCGUGUUCGGCCAUUGCUGGUGAUUCCAUUGUCAAUUCGCUAUCCACAAUACCAUCAUCUGAAUUUGAGGGUAGCUUCUCUAAUGUCGACAAAAAGGGGAAGUUCAUGCGAGCAGUCGACUGGGUGGUAUUUAUGCAAUUUGUUCUGCCAACACUUGUAUUCGAGCAGUUAGUAUCAACAUAUGGUGCCGAUUCCUCACAGGUUGUUGCCAUUAUGUCGUAUGUGAUUGGAUGCUCUUUAGCUCUUCGCUGGGAAAUUGAUCAGGAUGAUCUAGAUAGAAUUAGAUCAAACUUGGACACUUGGCAUAUGCAUUUGAAGACCAAAGUCACGCAUAAUAUGUACACUGUCAAUUUUCAUCUCCUUCGUCAUAUUCCUGCGACCAUAGAAGCUCUCGGACCUCUCAGAGGGUAUAGCACAAGGUCUGCCGAACGCGCAAUUGGUUUCUUCGAAAAACACGUAAAAUCGAGAGUUUCUCCUGGUGCCAACGCAGGCAAUAUUAUAAAACGACAACUCCUUAUGCGAAACUUUGAGCGCGUGUACAACCCGGAAGACUUUUUGCAGGACCAGCCACAAGAAAGCUCCUACUAUACCGACAGUCCCAAGCUAUCCGAUUAUAGAGCUUUGGGAAUGUCAUCCAGGAUCCAUAGCCAAUUUCGGUGAACAAUACAAUAUGGAGCACUACCUGAGGAGGUUCUGGAACAAUCAAUUCGAAGAUGACCAUGCAAUUUCUUCUCCAAUGACCGACGAAAUUGUGAUUGGAAAACGGUUGUUCACCUUUGGACAUACCAUAUACAGGUGUGUGGCAUAUCCAUCCACUUCUUCGAAACUUGACACGUUGGUAGCAUUAUCUCUUCCCACACGGACGCCUGGCGUAACCGGUACUUAUUUUCGUGAGGUCAUUUUAUUUUUCGCACACAAAUUUGAAGGUACGGUUUUGAGUAUAAUAAUUUAUCUGUUCCCCUUGAGUGCUAUACUUACAC